AUGUUACCUUCAAAAUCCCCCGUGGUACAUUCGCUACCUCCUCUCUCCCAAAUGGUGAUGAUAAGUUCGGGACAACCUCAAAUGGAAAUCUCGGCCAUUUCACCCCCAUCUUCAGGAUCACCUUCGCCAACUUCAGCGAGCACCCAGCUGCACAAGUUCAACGCCAACAGAUCCACCGAUCUGGCUCCGGCCAUGGACAAGUGCACGUGCAAGGCAGAAGGCAACCACAUACCACGUCCACGCAAUGCCUUCAUUUUGUUCAGGCAAAAGAACCACCAGGCCUUGUUGGAGGAGGGGUCAAUAAUAAAGACUAAUCCAGAUGUCUCACGUGAACUCGGUAAGCGCUGGAGAAAUCUCUCAGUGGAGGAGAAGUCCUUUUGGAACAAAAUGGCUGAGGAGGAGAAGAAGAAACAUGCUGAAAAAUACCCUGGUUACAAGUACACUCCUAGAAGGGCAGUCAAGAAGAACUGUCCAGCUUGUCGGGCGAGACAUGCCAUCAAGACCCACAACUUGAAUGUGCAGAACUUCCUCGCUCAACAGCAACAGCAACAGCAGCAGCAACAGCAGGAACAGCGGAUUCAUCAACAGGCUCAACACCAGCAACAGUACUGGAACUACCCAGUUGACCAGCAAGUUUAUCAGAUGAGAUCUUCCUCAUCACCUCCUACCUAUUUGAACUCUCCUCAACAGUCUGCUAAUGGUUCCUCGGUCAGUUCUAUUGCCUCUUCGGCGUCGUCGGCCUCAUCUACAGGCACGGUAUCCAACGCCUAUGCCAUAAAGAAUUACACUACCUCGUUGCCAUUUCCGACUUACUCCAUCCCUCCCGUUUCCGCGCCAAUAUCACCACCUUUCUCGUCCUCCAACGUGAACGGCAGCCAUCUGCCUCCACCUCCCCAGGUGGUUCUUGCGGGCUUGCCAAGACAACAUCAACAACAGUUCCAGCAACAUCACCAGGUCCAAGGCCUGUCGCUGCCACCUAUCUCCAAUUUGUCCCUUCCUCCGUUGCACGUGAAUCUCCAGAGGGACGUUCACGGGUCGCGUUAG